AUGAAAGACUGGACUACUAAAAAAGUCUAUCAUUUUGAUAGAUUCAUAGGAGAAUUAAAAAGACAAGGAAAUUCUAAAGGAAGUGAUCUAUUUUCUAUUCAAGAAAUGCGAAAAAUCGCGACAGAAAAUAAUAUUCAAUUUGAUAAUUUUCAAGGUUUUAUCGAUUAUAUUAAUGAGCAGAAUUUACUCCUUAAGAAGGGACCGGGAACAUUUCAAUUGAGAGUUUGCGGUUGCGGGGCCUCUUGGCAAUUGGUAAUAAAUGAAAAUGUAAAAUUGGCACUUAUUCCAGAGUAUCUUUAA